GAACGUACAUCUUGGGCCAGGCUUGCUUUGUUUCACUAGUUUCAUCAUUGCCAUUUUCAAUUUUAUUACAACACUGCCCCACGCAAUCACAUUGGCGUACGCUGUAUUGCUAAAUAACAAAUGUGGCUUCAGAUCAUUGUUAGGGGAAUAUUAUUGUGGAUGUAAAGUUACCAGGCUAAGAAUCACUUUCACUAUCUCCUCGUUUUUAUUUUUAUUAACCAUUCUUCGAGCAUUAUCUUCAAAGCAAAAAUUCCCUCAACUGAGUUUACAAUACAUUCGAUUUCAAGACAGUUUUGGACACUAUCAAAGCUACAGUAGUUAUCUUAGUUUCAAUCUGCCUACUCCGAAAAGUUUACGCGGUUAGGCAUGGAAAAAAGUUGAGCAACUUGGAAUAUUGUCACACGGUACACAUGUUUCUGUAUUUGUUAGUCUUUUGGACGUCCACAAUUGCGUAUAGUUAUUCAUUUUUUCGAAACAUUUCGGAGACGGUGGAAAAAGAAAUUGUGAUUUCAUUUCAAGAUUCUGUGGUGCUACGUUACCUGUUUAUAUAUGCAAUACUUUUCUCUAAGCUUAAAAAUUAUAAGUUUAACAAAAACAAAGUUGUGACUUUAUAUUAAUAAAACACCA